AUGAAGUCCAAUUUCGAUAGCACCAGUCAUUCAGGACCCCAGGGUGCUCACGUCGUGACACCCGGCUCGCACUCUCAGGCCAGCGGCUCUCAUAGGGCUCCUAGUGAUGCUGGUAAUCAGGAAAACGACCCAUUCUUGAGUCUUCUAGAGCAGCUUGCGGGAAACGAACAUUCUCAAGGGGGACCCAGUGAACUUGACUUCUUUCUAACGGGUGCUGUGAGUCAGGAAGCAAGCAUGACUCUCAUUGGAGAGAAGGCAGAUACGGACUCUACCUAG